AAUCAUCCAAUUAUUUCUUGAAAUUAAUUUGACUCAAGUAAUUUGAUAGCAAGUAGUUAAAGGAACCUCUUUCGUCCGUUUUAUGCCAAACCCAAUCUCCUUUCUUUCGUCUUCGCAAUUCUCUGGUUAGUUAUUUAGGGUUUGUGUACCGAAGAAUUCGCCGAGUACAAUCUAUAAGUUUUCGAUUUGCACUAAAUUGCAUAUCUAAUCAACAUUGUUAUGUUGCAUAGCCUAUGGCUAUGUCCGGCCAAAGUGUUUCAUACUCUUCACUGAGUAAUAUGGGUAGGGAGGAGAAAAAGGUUCACUAUGUUGAUGAUGAUGAUUAUGUCGAUUCUGCAUGGACUAUGACAGAAUCUGAAGCCCAUUCUGCAGUAGCACAUACCUUAAAGGGUGCUUUAUAUCCGUACAUAGGUGGUUCCAAAGAUUAUAAUGAUGUGGAUUACGAUUCUGGCGAUGAGCCUUCAAAUUUUACACAUUUUAAUAAGCCUCCAGAUGUUAAUCUGAAGAAUGUGUUGGCUGGGAUAUUUGCUAUUUUAACUGGACAGAAUAAGAGUGGAAGUUAUGGUCAACAGAUUUCCCCUUCAAAUGUUUCGUUUUUGGGCUCUGGAAAGAAUGGGGAUACUGUUUUGAAUUCAUCAGUUUAUAUACCUAGUGCUCCACCACUUCUCGGUGCCAAUGCGGUCAAUUAUAGUGAUUUCAAAGAUGUUUUAGAAGCUGAACCUCCUGAGUGGCUGCCAGAUAGCUACACUACAGUUUGCAUGCAGUGUACUGCUCCUUUUACUGCACUUACUCGUGGCCGUCAUCACUGUCGAUUUUGUGGGGGGAUAUUUUGUCGAGUAUGCACAAAAGGGAGGUGUUUGCUUCCAGUUAAGUUUAGGGAGCGAAAUCCACAGAGAGUUUGUGAUUCCUGCUAUGACAGGCUGGAUCCUUUACAAGGGAUACUCAUUAGCUCCAUCAGCAACGCUGUACAGGCAGCAAAACAUGAUGUGUUGGAUUGGACAUGUACAAGAGGUUGGUUGAAUCUUCCUGUUGGUCUAUCCAUGGAGCAUGAGAUCUACAAAGCUUCUAUCUCACUGAGGAGUUAUGUGCAGGUUGCAAGGUUGAAUCCUGAGAGAUGUAUUCCUUCAGCUAUUCUUAAAGGAGCUAAAGGUCUUGCUAUUUUGACUGUUGCCAAAGUUGGUGCAGUGAUUGCGUAUAAGAUGGGUACUGGUCUAGUUGUCGCUCGGAGGAUGGAUGGAACAUGGUCUGCUCCAUCUGCAAUUGCUUCAGUUGGCCUGGGAUGGGGAGCUCAGAUUGGUGGUGAGCUCACAGAUUUCGUGAUUGUGCUUCAUGAUUACAAAGCUGUGAAGACAUUCUGUAGUCGCAUGCACUUUUCUCUUGGGGCUGGCUGCAGUGCUGCUGCUGGUCCUGUUGGAAGAGUGCUUGAAGCAGAUCUUCGUGCUGGGGAUAGAGGGUCUGGCAUGUGCUACACUUAUAGUUGUAGCAAAGGGGCUUUCGUUGGCGUAUCGUUGGAAGGGAAUAUAGUCUCAACAAGGACAGACACGAAUCUUCGCUUCUAUGGCGAUCCUUAUCUUACAUCAGCUGAUCUUUUGCUCGGGACUGUGGAUAGACCAAAAGCUGCUGAGCCCUUGUAUGUCGCUCUUGAAGACCUUUACUCCCAAAUUUAGUUUAGGCCUGUUGCAAGCAAUUUAUGUUCGUCUCACGUUCAUGCAUAAGAUGGUGUUUUUUCUAGUGUAUAAUUUGUAUAUAUCUUUUAUAGAUUUAUUUUUCCAUCUAAAUAAUGUCCUACGGUUUCUCAAACAGUAAAUUUAUCUUAUAGACAUUUUAAUAUUUUAAAAUUAAAUGUAAAUGACUUUAUUGGUUCA